UCUCUUAAGCAUUCGUUUCUGAAGGGUCAGUAGUGCUUAGGAUUGUUACAGUGCAGGGAAGGAAAGUUGCUCCUGAGCUGAUGUUUGCAGCUGGUAGAAUUUGUUACUAGCUUUCCAUUUCUGGCUUUCAGCUGAUCUUAGAUCUGGCUCUGUACCUCUGGAUUAGCUGGAGUAAAGCUGGAACGCCCCACUGCAGACUUCUGCUAGUUUGAACUCCUCUUGUUCCUUUUGUUUUACAGUAAGAUAGCAUGCUCUUGACUCUUUGCUCUUGUUGUCAGUCUGCUAGUGAAAAAACCAAACAUGCAAACACUUAUCUUUAGGGUCUUGCGACUUCCUGCUGUGGUCGCUCUGAAGCAUGUCUUCAUAUGUAAACUGCAACGUCAAAGCAAUGACCUUCAUUUCUUGCAACUCAAUGUUACAGUUUAUCUCCUUACAAAGGAAAGAGUCCCUGGGAAAUACUACAGAUCCUUCCUGAUCGUAAAGAAAAGGAAUUGGAAAAUCUCUUGUCUGGUCACCAACUGUUGGCAUGUUUGCAAGCCAAAAUGAAGGAACACAUUAAUUAUACUAGGGCUGGAAAACUCUGUCACAGGAGGAAGCCAGGAUGAGCUUUAUAUCCAAGCCCCAGAGUUCUAGUUUGGGCACUCUGUUGGGGGACACACACCUGUCACUUGAUGUGUAAGAACGACUUUCCAGAAGAGGUAGUGUGUGUGCCCUGGCAGCUUGUUCCAGCUGUUACUGUAAGGUAUAUUGCUAGUAGAGGAGAGCUGUGUUUGUACAAAGGUGCUUCAGCUGUUUUUCUCUGAGCACACCUAGGAACUUCAUAACAUGACACCCAGAUUGGUUGGUCUGAGGUGAUAGCUAUGGUAGAGAGAAGCUUGGGUGUGUGGAGUUCCAUAGUCACUGAUGGAAUCACUAGCAGUGCUUAGUCCCUUGCACCUGUAUUUAUGCAGCUUAGUUGACAGACUUCAUAUUCUCAGAUUGUCAUAGCCUGAGGAGCAGGGCUGCCAGAAGUUAUGUUGGUGCAGGCUGCUGGAACAGUUGGAUUGGGACUUCAGAGUUUUCUGUUUCUGCUCUGAUCAGCCUUUCUCAAAGGAAGGCUGGCUAGUGUGAAGCAAAGGAUCAGAUCUUUAAACUGUCUGAUUUGGAUGCUGCUUUCAAUGCUACUUUUCUCCAAUAUGACCUGCUUACCUUAAGAGUUGUUGAUAAAAAUGUAUUUUCUUGAAAUUUAAACAGGAAAUAAUUAAGAAGGUGCUCGUCAUGAUAGCAUACUCCAGUCUCAAGGACUUAUUAAAUCAUGUCCAGUUACGCAGAUGGUUCUACACCCUCUUGUGGUGUUUUCACUGUGCACUGGGAUUAGGCUUCGUGGAAGAAAACCUCAAGGGCAGAUUUACUUCCUUACACAAACCUUCUGACUGGAGGGUGGUUUUGGCAACAGAAGCAAGUCACAGGAGGUACUCUGGUACAGGAACUUUCAAACUUACAAUAGAAUUCACAGAAGAAUAUCCGAAUAAGCCACCUACUGUUAGAUUUGUCUCUAAAAUGUUUCAUCCAAAUGUCUAUGCAGAUGGUAGUAUAUGUCUGGAUAUUCUUCAGAAUCGUUGGAGUCCUACUUAUGAUGUCUCCUCCAUCUUAACAUCCAUACAGUCUCUAUUGGAUGAGCCGAACCCUAACAGCCCAGCAAACAGCCAGGCAGCUCAGCUAUACCAAGAGAAUAAGCGGGAAUAUGAAAAACGGGUUUCUGCAAUUGUAGAACAGAGCUGGCGUGACUGUUGACCCAGGAUGAUGCAAAUGAACACUCUGAUGAGGAAAAUAAACAAAGUGUCCGAGUCAUCUUUUUCCUCCUAGCAUUUACUUUGAAAGCAGAAUAGCUGUUGUGCUGUUGCCACCCUCCCUUGCUGAAGCUUCUUCUCCUUGGACAUCAGAAAGCACCCACUUUGAAGUCAAAUGUUCUGUACUUGGGUUACUUGCAAAAGAGUUACUGAUGCUGAAUUCAUUUUCUGUGGUCUCUCUCCAGUCUUAGGGCAGUAUUGUGCAUUUCUGUAGUGUACACUAAGCUUUUAAUUGUAAUUGUGUUAUACACAGUGAUGCUUAUGUGUAGCUUGAUAAAAGGGAUGUUUAUAUACAUACACAUUUUUUAACUGAUAUUAACUAAAGUGCUGAUGUUUCCAGGCUGGUCAUUUACCUCUACUAUUGGUUUAGACCCCACUGCAUUUGUAAGUACUGAGUAAAGAAAACCUCAUUUCCCUUUUGUAUUGGUUUAUCCACAGCUUACACAAAAAACCCCAAACAACACAACUCUUAAAUUGAUUCCAAUUCAAAUAUUUAGUAAGACUGUGGAGUGCCAGUUAGUUACACACUUCACAUGCAAGAUUUAUGUACAGAUAUACAUAAAUCACUACAGUUGUGGUACUUUGAACUUUGCUUAGGGUGAGAAACAACCCCUCUUUUUUUUUUUAUUUUAUUUUAAAAGACAUGCAUACAGAGACUGCUCAGUGUUUCCAUAGUCCUGGCCCCUGUUACUGGACAAAAGCUGUGGUACUCUGAGCAAAAGGCCUUCCACACUGAGGAAGAAAGAGGUAAAACCUGAAGUGUUCCAGUGCUGGACUCACUCUCCUUUGGUGUCUUUCUCUUGCCCCUUACCAUUAGCU